AGGAGGAGUAGACUGAGAAACUCGGGCACAUGAUGAGGAUGAGGAUGAGAGUGACUCGACAUUCAGGUGCGGCGGCCUCGAAUGGGCGGAUCUGAUCUCUGCGGCCGCUGGGACACUGACCGAACUUCCCCUAACACUGGACUUCCCGGAUCCCGGUUCUGCUUGCGAGACUGACUCGACAAAGUACCCGUCAAACUUGCCAAAAACUUCAGCAAAGUCUUCCGGAUUUGCCUUCGGCGUGUUAGGAAUACGUGGUUUAAAGUGUUUUCGGUGAGCUCUUACAGUAUGUGGCUUCGAGUGUGAUCUUAUUAUCUUGGAGCAUCUGCGGCUAGUUAAGUAGCUAGCCUAGCUACAUUUCAAAACAACUGAUUAAGAUGCAACCAAGGAGUUACUCGACGAGUUGAGUAAUGGACACAAGUUUGAUCAAGCGGAUUAAGGCAACGGAUCUUAGAAGCGUUUCAUUUUGAAAGAUCAGCUUGAGGAUUUUGGUUUCAGGGAGACCGAAAGGUACUUGCCUCACUUCCGGCUUGAAUCUGCAUUCCUGCAGUGUCUUGGAAUACCUGUGUUCUUUCAAAGGGAGGGAAGCUACCAGCCCCUGCAUGCAUGCAUCGGUUUAAUAGGCGGAAUGGGAUUGUUGUGACAAGAUGCCAUCUUCAUAUCUGGAUGAUCGAGAUUUGGAGACCAAACAUCUUGGAUCUCAUACAAACUGCCCUGUUUUCCGUGUGAACUGGUUCCUGACAUACUCAAAACCUGUUAUUAUGAGCCCCGUCAACGAUUUAAAGAAACACUCGUUUUGAGAUCUGAGUAAUUUGAGACUUAACCACAACAAAGUGGUAAUGUGUUUGCACUUGCGGGUGAGGCGGCAAAGAGUAAAUUUCACUUAGAUUUUAACUGUGAGCACUAAUAAGAAAUGGGAAAAGAACUGGAGAUGUAAAGUCUGUUUUAAGAUAAACGUGGAAAAUUGCACUGAUUCAUGAGUGGAAAUGCACUGAAAUCAAACUGGUGAAUCAUUUAACGCUUGAGCUCGAAUGAAAAACUGGAUACACAAGUACAUAAUGCUUGCAGUUGUUUAUUCAAAGUCAUCUGCCCUAAACUUCCUGCCACUUUAAGACGCGGUAAAAGUGACAGAAGUUGAAAGUUUGUUUCAUGAGGAUACAUUUUAAAGGGAAGAAUGGCAGGAAAAGACUACCACCAUCUCUUCAAGCUGCUCAUCAUUGGUGACUCAAAUGUGGGAAAAAGCAGUUUGCUCCUGCGAUUUGCAGACAACUCAUUCUCUGGGAGUUACAUAACCACUAUUGGAGUUGACUUCAAGAUCCGCACUGUAGAGAUUGACGGAGAAAGGGUUAAACUCCAGAUCUGGGACACUGCAGGGCAGGAAAGGUUUAGAACUAUCACCUCAACGUAUUACAGAAACACUCAUGGUGUCAUCAUCGUUUACGAUGUCACAAACCCUGAAUCAUUUGUCAAUGUGAAAAGAUGGUUAAAUGAGAUCUCGCAAAACUGUGACAAUGUCUGCAAAAUUUUAGUGGGAAACAAGAAUGAUGAUCCUUCAAAAAAACUUGUGGACACCCAGGAUGCUAUGCGCUUUGGAGAGUCAGUUGGCGUGAGGUUGUUUGAAACUAGUGCUAAAGAGAACAUCAAUGUAGAAGAGAUGUUCAUGGCUUUUACCCACAUGGUCCUUCGGGCCAAGAAACAGAGCCAGAGUCGAGCAGAAAGAGAGCGGGAGAGAGAAAAGGACACUGUCCAUAUCAAUUCCCACAGGGACAGAGAAAGGAGGAAGAAAGGGAAGAAAUGCUGUUAGAGCAGAGGUGUUGGAGGAAAUAUGGACAAAUGGAUCACCUUUGCAAGUUUUCAGUUGAGAAAUGUGACUUUUUAUGUUAACACUGCGAUUAGAUGAACCCAGGAGGAAUUAAAAUAAUUUGCUAUUAUGUGCCGAAUAUCAGCAUUUGUUUACAUGUUGUUUGUUUAUCAGUGUUUUGUCUGUGUGCGCGUGUAUUUUUUUAACGAAAGGUGAUUUGAUUGGCAUGGAUUUACACUGGCAUUAAAAAGCCUGGUCCAGCAAACACGCUAUUUGCAGCUGUCUGAUGUGUUCCACUGUUAUCAAGAUUUUUAAUGAUGGAUUAAAAUGACUAUCAAUAAUGUAUGCAAAUAAUAAAUUAGCAAUAAAAUUUGAUUAAAAAAUGUC